AUGCAGACUCCGAUUUCGAUGGGCUUUGAAGAAGAAGCGCAAGUGGAUGAGAGGCGGAGCAAGUGGCCGAGGUGGCUGCAACCUCUGCUGCGGACAAGCUUCUUCGGUCAAUGCAAAGUCCACGCGGCGGCGCACAAGAGCGAGUGCAAUAUGUUCUGCUUGGACUGCGUCAAUGGACCCAUCUGCUCUCUCUGCCUCACUUCCUCUCACAAGUCCCAUCGCUCCAUACAGAUACGGCGAUCUUCGUACCAUGACGUGAUAAGGGUGGGCGAGAUACAGAAGCACAUGGACAUAACAGGUGUGCAGACUUACAUAAUCAACAGCGCGAGGAUUGUGUUUCUCAACCAGAGGCCACACCCACAGAAGCCGUCCAAAGGAGCCGCCGCUAACGCCUGCCGAGUCUGCCACCGCAACCUCCUCGACUCCUUCCUUUUCUGCUCCCUUGGCUGCAAGAUAGCUGGAAUGUCAUCAAAGAACUUUGACAAGGAGAAAACGAGAGUAAUGGAUAUGAGGGGUGGUUCCGGGUCGGAGGAGUCUAUGAAUGCAAUGCAAUACAAGAUCCUUAGCAGCUUCACUCCAUCUACACCACCUCGAACUUCAAUGAUGAGUAGCUAUAGAACCACAAAAAGGAGAAAGGGAAUUCCGCACCGAGCCCCAACGGGUGGACUUCCUAUCGAAUGUUGA